AUGAGGAGGAGGGCGAGCGACGUCCCUGCAGCUACGACCCGCAGACGUCGCAGCAUCCUCGGCCUGGGCGACGCGGCCGAGACGUCGGACGUGAAGAUGUCGAACACGGUGGGCAGCGCGCCCUACCCGUCCGGCAUGCCUGGGUCGCCCUGCCCCAACAAGCUCGACCGCAGAAAUCAACAGCUGGCGAGUGCAGCGAGGAGGCACUCGAUGGUCGACGUCAACCCCGAGGUGGUCCCCUCGCUGUCCUACUUCGCCCUCACGAACCGCCCCCGCUCGGAAGCCGUUCUGUAG